GAUUGAUACCUGAAAGCAAGGGAGUACAAACAUGGUGAUUGAGCAGCACUGUUUAUAACAGCAUCUCAAUUGCUGCCUACCGGUUUUUUCCCUCCUGAAUUGUAUUCUCUUUUCAGAACUCCAUCCAUCACGAUGAAUUGCCUGGGGUCCAGGGGUCGCAAAAUGAUGUGCUACAGCUACUCGGUCGCGCAGCAUCGCAAUCGCGUCAUGUUGACGGCCUUUCGCCGGCCGUCAUCAGCUUUCAGCUCAGCCGCCCCCGUUAUGCAACGGGUCCCUGCACGGCCGAAGACCCAGCUGAUAUCGCCGCAGAAGCAGCUCGCAUCGGCCGCACCCGUUAGAGAGACACGGCAGCUUGUAAUGGCAAGCAUACUACCAAAUCAACCUCGCGGUGACGUCCCCGUUAGCCGCUUCACGUACAGACUCAUACUAUGGGGAGUAUUUGUCGGACCAUGCCUGGUGGUGUUCUACUGGUGGGCAUCGGCCAAGGUCAAGGCGAGCAAGGGUGAUGAUUCACAGUUGAAGUGGAUGCUUGAGAACUUUACGCUCUCGCGCAAGAACCUAAACGAGGGCCGGUGGUGGACGCUCAUCACAUCUGCAUUCUCACACAAGGACCCAAUUCAUCUGCUGUUUAACAUGUUAACUUUGCGCUUUGGCGUCGAUGCGGCUCUUCACGCCGGGCUAGGCCCCUCGCGGGUGCUUUUGCUCGCCACGGGGGCUGCUCUGAGCUCAAGCUACGCAGGCCUGUGGGACGGGGAAACGCGAAAGCAUAGUAUCGACCGUCCUGGUCUUGGUGCAAGUGGAAUUGUCGAGGGUUUCCUGGCGGCAAUGGCGCUGACGCGCCCCUGGAUGCAAGUAUCAUUGAUGUUGAUACCCAUUCCAGUCCCACUCCCGGUAGUUUGGGGACUUUUUACUGCCUGGGAUUUCUAUAAUCUAAGCAUGGCCCGCCAACACGGCGAUAGUCCUUCCGCUUCCGGGUCGGUGGUAGGAUACGCGGCGCACCUGGGCGGCUCUGCUUUCGGAGCGCUCUACUGGCUUGUCCGUCUUAGGCCUGUUUUUGGAGGCAUGACGCUGCAAUACCUACGGCUUUUAAUUCUCAAACGGUAAACAACUGUGGCUUGCUUUGGGAGAAUGGAGCAAAAAAAAAAAUAGCACAAUAAAUUGAAACAAUUGAAUCGAAUUUAUCCUCAUGCAG